AUCACGCAUCUUUAAAAACAUUUGUGAAAAAUGUAAACAAUACCUUUGUAAUACUUGAGCAAUGCACAGGUCUGUCUGUUUGUCCUCUUUAUUUCUUUCAGAUGACUAUGGAUAAAUCUCACCAACUGCAAAUACGAGAGUGUGCGCCGUGCAUCUCGCAGAUACGGGCUAAGAGAAGCCGCAGAGGGAGAAGACUGGACCUUGUUUUGGACAGACUGCUCUGUCUCACUGGAUAGGGUCAUGGAUAUGAAGCGUUACCAGAAAAUCAAUCAUUUUCCUGGCAUGAGCGAAAUCUGCAGGAAGGACUUGCUUGCACGAAACAUGAACCGUAUGUUGAAACUUUUUCCAAAGGAGUACAACAUUUUCCCCCGCACGUGGUGCCUCCCUGCUGAUUAUAGUGAAUUUCUUGCCUACACCAGAGCCAAAAAGCACAAAACUUACAUCUGUAAGCCAGAUUCAGGUUGCCAAGGUCGUGGUAUCUAUCUUACAAAGUCCAGUAAAGAAAUUCGGGCAGGAGACGAUAUGAUCUGUCAGGUGUACUUAUCUAAGCCAUUUAUCAUUGAUGGGUUCAAGUUUGACCUGCGGAUAUAUGUGCUGGUAACCAGCUGUGACCCUUUCCGCAUCUUCAUGUACGAAGAAGGCCUGGUUCGAUUCUGUACAACUCAAUAUAUUGAGCCUACUAGCAGCAAUUUGGAAGAUGUUUGCAUGCACUUAACUAACUAUGCCAUCAACAAGCACAGUGAAAACUUCAUACGAGAUGAAGAUACAGGCAGCAAACGGAAACUCUCCAGCUUCAGAAAGCACAUGGAAGCCAUGAGUUAUGAUACAGAGAAGAUGUGGGCAGACAUCGAGGACGUCAUCAUUAAGACAUUAAUAUCGGCUCAUCCUGUUCUCAAACACAACUACCACACCUGCUUCCCCAAUCAUGCAUCUGGCAGUGCUUGCUUUGAGAUCCUGGGCUUUGAUGUGUUAUUGGACCAUCGACUUAGGCCUUGGCUUCUUGAGGUCAACCAUUCUCCCAGCUUCACCACAGACUCCCGUCUGGACCGGGAGGUGAAGGACGACCUGCUUUAUGAUACAUUGGUGCUGAUAAACCUGGGAGCCUGUGACAGGAGGAAGAUCACAGAGGAAGAGAGGCGUAGGGUAAAAGAGAGACUGCAGCAGAACCGUUCUAAAGAGGCCAGGACUGAGGAGCUUCGACAGUCGCAGGCUGCAAGUAUGGAACAGAUGGAGAGAUAUGAGGCAAAACACAUGGGUGGAUUCCGACGGAUUUUUCCGAGAGAGGGAGGAGAGAAAUACGAAAAGUAUUUCCAACACAGCGGCUCUCUAUUCCAGGAGACUACAGCAUCAAAAGCUAGGGAGGAGUGUGCCAGGCAGCAGUUGCAGGAAUUGCGUCUGAAGCAGGAGCAGAAAGAAUGGGAAAAGAAGGGCUCACGUAAGCGAGAUCUUCAAGGUGAAUCUGCUGGCGAAAAAGUAAAGCCAAGAAGAAUUCAGGUUCAGCCCACACAUCCAAACCCAAAUUCUCUACCAACUAUGCCAGAACGUCCAAUCCAGAAAGGAGAGACAACUGUUGCUUUUGACCUGUCAGAAGAAGAGGAGGCAGAGAGAGUCAGUGAGCUUCACCAACGAGAGACCCUGCUUCUGAACAUGGGUGUUGUUAACAAGGUCCGCCAGCUACUUCAAAGUGCCAAUCACCCCUCUGAACCUAUCAACCCCUCAUAUGAACAAUUCAGGUUUCCCUCAUAUUACAGAAAUGACCAUAAGCUGGACCCCCUUGCAGAGAUGUCAUGUAAGCAGAAGACCCUCUGCACUAUGAUGCAACAGCAGUUGUCUACAAAAGCCAAACCCUCCCUGCAUUCCCAGCUCAUCCAAAACCGAAAGCCCUGGCCCUCCCUGGAACAAGGUCUGCUGCAGCCAGUUCAUACUGAAACAGGUGCUUCAAAACGCUGUGUAGAUGAGGAGAUACAAGCAGCAAAUGCAGAGCAGCAAACAUCUGCCUGUAUAACAAAAGCUGCCAGUGCCCAACGAAUACCUUGGACAAUAAAUGGUUCUUUUGCUUGGCGUCAGGCCAGUUUGAGCUCUUCCUUGGCUGAGUCGAGAGCGAGAGCAGUAAUGUUAAGAGUGCCUCCACUCGUUCCAGGACGACUACAGGGUGCCUCAAUGUCCUGUGACCCCAAAGCUCUUUACAUCAUUUCCACCCCUGCUCCUCUUGUCCCGAGGCCACAUCUCUCCCACACCCUUUACAAGGCCUCUCGCAGAGUCUCCUCGCGUGAGCAAGGCCACUGACGCAGCGUCUUUGCUAAACACCACAGAUGUUGCAUCAACUACCUGUAUUCCAUACUGGAA